CCAGCCAACGCAGGGAUGUGAUGGCGCCGUGUCGCCGGGCAACAUGGACUCACAUGUCUGAGUAAAUAAUAACAGCAUGUGGUCGAGUUGAAGUAUUUACCUUUGAAAAUGUAUUACAGGAACCUGCGGCAGCCAGAAAUACUCAGCGUAUUAAAGCAGGUCGACAGACGGAGCUAUGUGCACAUCUAAGAACUGUCUCACCACCAGCGAGGCAGCAGCUGGCAGCCCUCAGCAGCUUCUCGUCGUCAUGGCAGCCAAAUGGGGGACGGUGAAGGACCGCGUGACAAGUCCAGUCCGCGACCAGGACGCCACGCUGGAGGCCAACCUGGAGAACGCCGACCCCGAGCUGUGCAUCAGGCUGCUGCAGGUUCCCACGGUGGUGAACUACUCUGGUCUGCGGCGGCGGUUGGAGGCCAGCGAUCGGGCCUGGAUGGUACAGUUCCUGGAGCUGCGGGGCCUGGACCUGCUGAUGGAGGCGCUGGAGCGGCUCUCGGGUCGCGGCUGCGCCCGGAUCGCCGACGCUCUGCUGCAGCUGACCUGCGUGGCCUGCAUCCGGGCCGUCAUGAACUCAUCCGAGGGACUGCACUUCAUCCUGGACAACCAGGGCUACGUCAGGACCCUGAUUCAAGCUGUGGACACUUCUAACGUCAUGGUGAAGAUGCAGGUGUUCGAGCUGCUUGCGGCUCUGGCUCUAUUUGCCCAUCAGGGACUCCACCUGGCCCUGGACGCCCUGGACCACUACAAGAGUGUGAAGAAGCAGCAGUACCGCUUCAGCGUGGUCAUGAACGAGCUCCACGCCACCGACAACGUCCCGUACAUGGUGACGCUGCUGAGCGUCGUCAACGUCCUGGUGCUGCGAACAGAAGACCUGAGGAAGAGGGACCGACUGAGACGGGAGUUCAUCGGUCUGCAGCUGCUGGACCUGCUGCCCAGACUCAGGGAGACGGAGGACCAGGACCUGAACAUCCAGUGCGACGCGUUCGAGGACUCUUUGGCCGAGGACCAGGAGGAGAUGGAGCGGCUGUACGGAGGCAUCGACAUGAGCAGCCACCAGCAGGUCUUCACCUCGCUCUUCACCAAGGUGUCCAGCAGCCCGUCCUCGGUCCACCUGCUGUCCAUCCUUCAGGCCUUGCUGCUGGUGGAUCCGGACCGAGCUGAGGUCUGGUCGGCUCUGGAGAUGCUGGCUGACAGGGCCACCCUGCUGUCCCAGGACUCUGACGUAGAUUCUGCCGACCGUCUGCUGGAGAGGCUCCUCCCACGCAAGGCCCUCGCAGCCAAUCACAAGGUCCGAACCAUCGACAGGGCGGUACAGACUCAACUACCGGACAGUCCUCCCAGCCAAUCAGAGCCCUCCCUCAAAGAUGCCUCGACAGCUUCUUCUCAGGGACCCCCAUCUGCUCCUCCUGCCCCCUCACCUGGUGUAGCAGCUCCUCCUCCCCCUCCUCCUCCCCCUCCUCCCCCUUUACCUGGUAUGGGACCUCCUCCUCCACCUCCUCCCCCUCCUCCCCCCUUACCCGGUAUGGGACCUCCACCUCCUCCCCCCUUACCCGGUACACCUCCUCCCCCUCCUCCCCCCUUACCCGGUAUGGGACCUCCCCCUCCUCCAGGUGACUGCAUCGUAGCCCAGUCGGUUCGGGGUCUGGGCAGCUCGUACUCCAGACCCGCCCCCUGCCCCACCCUCCGUAUGAAGAAACUGAACUGGCAGAAACUCCCGUCCAGAGCGGCGACAGCCCAUCAGUCCUUGUGGACGUCGACACCUGCGGACUCUGUGGAACCGGAUUACUGCACCAUCGAGCAGCUCUUCAGUCUUCCUCCAACUGAGACCAAGACCAGGGUCCAAACCAAGACCGAGCCCAAAGAGAUUUCCUUCAUUGACGCCAAGAAAAGCCUCAACAUCAACAUCUUCCUGAAGCAGUUCAAGUGUUCCCAUGAAGACUUUGUGUCUCUGAUCCGGAGAGGAGACAGGUCCAAGUUUGAUGUGGAGGUCCUGAAACAGUUGACCAAACUGCUGCCGGAGAAACAUGAGGUAGAGAACCUGAAAUCUUACCAGGCAGACCGGGACAAGUUGUCCUCGGCGGAUCAGUUUUACCUGCAGCUGCUGGACGUCCCCAGCUACUCUCUGAGGAUCGAGUGCAUGUUGCUGUGUGAGGAGAGCAGCUGUGUGCUGGAGACCCUGAAGCCCAAAGCUGAGCUGCUGGACCGAGCCUGCCAGAGUGUGAUGGAGAGCGCUCGUCUGCCCAGCUUCUGUAAACUCAUCCUCAGUGUUGGAAACUUUCUCAACUACGGGACUCACACCGGGAACGCUGAGGGUUUUAAGAUCAGCACUCUGCUCAAACUGACAGAAACCAAAGCCAACAAGUCCAGAAUCACACUGCUGCACCACAUCCUGCAGGAGGCGGAGCUGAACCAUUCGGACCUGCUGAACCUGCCGGAUGAUAUGGAGAUCUGUGACAAGGCUGCUGGGAUGAAUCUGGAGUCGAUUCAGUCUGAAACCAACUCUGUGAUCAAACGGCUGAAAAACUGUGAGAUGAAAGUUUCUUCUUCCUCUGAGGACCUGAAGGAUCAGUACCUGUCUGCCCUACAGGUGAACCUGCGGGCGUUUGAGCAGCUGCAGCAGCUGCUGUCCUCUCUGGAGGACAAGAAGACGGAUCUGUCCGGCUACCUGUGUGAGGACAACAGCAGCUUCUCCAUCGACGAACUCUUCAGCACCAUCAAGACCUUCAGGGGCCUGUUCCUCAGAGCCAUCAAGGAGAACGAGAGCAUUCGGCAGCUGGAGCAGAAGAGGAAGAAGCAGGAGGAGGACAGGAAACUCAGAGGAGACACCACCACCAAGAUCGUCAGGAAGGACGUGUCCAACCAGAGCGAAGGCUGCAUCAUCGACAACCUGCUGGCUGAGAUCAGGAAGGGCCACAACCUGAAGAAGACCAGACCCCAAGCUGAGAGGAGCCCCAGAGUCCACGAUCAUCCCGGGGUCAUGCAGAGGUCGCUGGCUGUGGACCAGCCGGACUCGUCUGUCUCCAGCCAAUCGGAGAAGCCGGCAGAACCACCAGAGACGGGCCAGAUCCCCACGGAGCCACCAGGUGAAACAAGACCAGAACCAGGGCCAGCUGAGACUGAAGGAGGCCGCCCAGAGACUCAAAACCCCUCUGAACCCUCCACCAGUACUACUGCUGCUGCUGACACCGACGGGGACCAGAGCCGGACCAGAGCCCAGGACUCUGAGGUGGACCCAGAGACCAGAGUCAGCGGUCCAGGAGGGGAGGAGGAGGUGCCGCUCCAACCAGAGGAGUCCGGAGACGAGAAAGUAAACAGGAGCGAGGAGUCCACGCCUGAAGUGAUCAACGGGAGCACAACCCAACACAGCCAAGAUCCAGCAUCUGGUCCAGGCGAAGCAGCAGGGUCCAGGAUCGAAGCAGCAGGGUCCAGGAUCAGCUCAGCAGGAGCCGACGACGGGUCCAAGCGGUCCAAACAUAAGAAGGGAUGUGUGUCGCAGUGAGAUGUGCGGAGGAGAACUCGUCUCCACAGCAACGGGACUGAAUCCAUCCACAGGAAGAGAAACGUGUUAAAAAAAUAAAAUCUGAACUGACUUAAACCGUUUUUUCUGUCUACCUGCGCUGACAGGUGUGACCUCGCUUCCUGUUCGAUAAACCCCUCCCACACGUCAACCACUGUGGAAACUCGAUUGAUCCAUCAACAGGAAAUUGAUCGGCAACUAUUCGGUCAAUUGUUUUUGUGAGAAAAACAAACAACAGAGGAGCGUUUCUUUUUAUAUUUUCAUCGUUCGUUUUCAGUUUUUAACUGUUUAAAGACGUCGACUAGGGUUGAAGAGUCGUGCGAAACAUUUACAUGUGUUCAUAUAUAUCAUUAAAUAUAAUUAAAUAUCAUUAAAUAUUGUUAAAUGUUGUUGUUGUUGUCAUGUAGGUGAAGGACUGAGUCUGUUUGGGUCAGUCUGUUCUGGAUGUUUGUUAGACGAGAGAGGAACUCUUUAUUCAAGUUUAUUUUGAGCGGAAAAAAAGAUUUCUGAAAACGCUGCAGAGUUGCAGCAGAAACACUUCAGAUCAAACAUUUUUAAAUGAGGACUUUGUUAUUCAAACUUUUCAAAUUAAAAGCUGAAACUGA